GGUCCCAUUGGUUGUGUGUGGUUGUGCUCUGACAGCCAAUGACCGACCUCGAGCAAUGACAUCUCCCCAACCAGCCUGGGGAGGAGAGGGAAUGAAGGAGUGGAGGAAAAAAAAAAAAACCAAAACCAAGCCUGUCAAGAAUUUUAUAAAAGUUAGUGAUUAGAAGGACCGGGUCUCUUCACCUGCAGCCACCUCACCAGAAGCUUGUAGCAGCAGAGGCACUGUCCACUAACAAAUAAGUCAACAUGACCCACCAAUUCCCAGCGCUGUCUCCAGAGCAGAAGAAAGCUCUUUCAGACAUUGCUCAGCGGAUUGUGGCUUCAGGAAAGGGGAUCUUAGCUGCAGAUGAAUCAGUGGGUACCAUGGGGAACAGGCUGCAGAGGAUCAAUGUGGAGAACACAGAGGAGAAUCGCCGGGCUUUUCGAGAGAUCCUCUUCUCUUCAGAUGCUUCCAUCAACCAGAGCAUUGGGGGAGUGAUCUUCUUCCAUGAGACUCUCUAUCAGAAAGACAGCACUGGAAAGCCAUUUCCCGCUCUCAUCAAAGAAAAAGGCAUUGUGGUGGGAAUAAAGCUGGAUAAAGGCACAGCACCCCUAGCAGGAACAAAUGGAGAAACCACCAUCCAAGGGCUGGAUGGAUUGGCUGAGCGCUGCGCCCAGUACAAGAAAGAUGGUGCUGACUUUGGCAAGUGGCGUGCAGUGCUGAAGAUCACCAGCACAACACCCUCUCAACUUGCCAUCCAAGAGAAUGCCAACACACUGGCACGCUAUGCCAGCAUCUGCCAGCAGCAUGGCUUGGUGCCCAUUGUGGAGCCGGAAAUCUUGCCUGAUGGAGACCAUGAUCUCCAACGCUGUCAGUAUGUCACAGAAAAGGUUCUUGCUGCUGUCUACAAGGCCCUGAAUGAUCAUCAUGUCUACCUGGAAGGGACACUGCUGAAACCCAACAUGGUGACAGCUGGGCAUUCCUGCCCCAAGAAGUACACCCCUCAGGAUGUAGCCAUAGCAACUGUCACUACUCUUCUCCGCACCGUUCCGGCUGCCGUUCCAGGAAUCUGCUUCCUGUCUGGAGGUCAGAGUGAAGAGGAGGCUUCUGUCAACCUGAAUGCCAUGAAUCAGUCCCCUCUGCCUAAGCCUUGGAAACUGACCUUUUCAUACGGGAGAGCCCUGCAAGCCUCUGCCCUGGCAGCAUGGGUGGGCAAAAGCGAGAACAAGAAGGCUGCACAGGAGGCCUUCCGCAAGCGGGCCCAGAUUAACAGUUUGGCUUGCAGAGGACAGUACGUUGUGGCUGGGAAGACUGACACAGCUGCCACGCAGUCCCUUUUCACUGCCAGCUACACCUACUGAAAGCGCAGGAACCUUCCUCCGUCCUGUCCCUCUUCGCAAGGUGGAAGAUGUUCAGAAAUGAAAGAAAACCAAAGAAAUCUAAUUUCCCUUACCCUAAACAAAAUUGGAGAUAAAAUGGAUUAGCUUCGUCUCUACCCUAUGCUCCCACAAUUUACCGAGGGAAUAUUCUUGUUUCAUCUGCACAUUCCAAGGAAGGGGAAUUCCUUCUAUACAACAAACAACAGCCGCCAAUGAAUCAUGAACCUGCUCUCCCUCUGGUUUAAACUUAGUCCCCAGAAUCGUAGGCAGAUUAAGUCGUUCCCUAGCAAUGCAAAUACAUACCCUUGCCCAUUACCACAUUUUGCAGCCAAAAUCCUGAAUUACAAAACCCGACUGUGUGUUCAAUCAUGGGAAUAAAACAGUAAUUGAAACUAA